GGGCGUUGAACUACACGAGGGCCUCUUGAAUGGACGAGUCGGUGGGAUUCAAGAUUACACUGGUUACUGGUAGUAUGACCUUGACACGUCGCAGAUAGCCGGUAAGAGCGAAGACAGCUACCGUACUCGCCACCGAGCUGCGCGUGAACGCGGACGGCGCAACGUAACUUCGCGGAUGCAAAUUGCGCUGCCAAGCGGAUGAAUGGUCAACAGGCCUCAACAGAAGGCAACAGAUUAUUCUACCCCGACGUCCAGGGGCCCUUGACAGCCACCCCAUCCCGAAGCCGUCGCGCGCAUCGCUCGGCAGGCGACCUCUUCCAAAUCUCGGGGUACCACCCAUCACUCGCGGCAGCAUAUCGAAGCUAAUUGGACUCUAUUGACGGUUGCGUAGCGUUCAAUCAGCGGCUGGUCCCUUGGUCACCGUAGCAGCAGAGUUCAUGAACAGACGAGUUAGACCAGAUUCGCGUCCGAAGCGACUGCGCGCUCGCCCGAAAUCACGAUUCCUGGGGCCAGAAGCCAGCGCCCGUAUAUCUAUAUCUAGUGCGUCAAUACCAACCGCGAGCUAGCGUCCAGAAACAAUCCGCGAUUGCGCUACUGGCAAUGAGCGUGCCUGAAAACAUACCCACGCAUACUCCGGGCGCCGACGUAUUCGGAGUGGGGGGAUCUGUGCGCAUUGGCUCGUGGGCUCGACGUAUGCGCACGUACAACAUAGGUCUCAAUGUUGGGUCGUCUCCGUGGGCUCUGCGUUGCAUGUUCGCCUCUCAUGUGGGCCUGUAGCUCGCUCCCGUGUUGCGACCACGUCGUCACCGAGCACCGCGGACGUCGAACUACGCCUAUUCAUGACCAUUCUCAAGCAGAGCGGUCCUCUGCUCUGUACAACGUCCUGACGCCUUCGCGUGGAGCUCGGACGAGUGCUCAUCUGGGCAGUAAAGCCCCCCACGCUGCCCAUCGAACGCCUAUCAUGACCGAUCUCAAGCAGCGCGGUCCUCUGCCCGUACAACGUCCUCCAGACAUCGCGUCGAGCCGAGACGAGCAGUCGCAGGUGCUCAUCCGGGCAGCAAAGGCCGACCUUCCACGCCCAAGUCCCAGCGCGAUCGGCAUCAAACAUGCCUACUCGGGGCAACGCAGAGCCACUUCGGUUCCUAGAUCGACGACGCAAAGCCUCCGAGCGAGAGUCUGACAUGCCGGAACGGACAUUCGGAUGCCGGAUUGGAUGGACGCUCGUACUGCAGCCCCCCCCCUCCUCCUCCCGCAUCGGGGCGCCACAGCUGAUGCGGUCAGCUGGGCGAGUGCGAGGAGGGGAGGGCACGGGCGUGCCAGGGAGCAGAGUCAGCUGGCCCCACAGCGAGCGAGCGAGCCAGCGAACCACACACUCCGCUGGAGGUUCUGCAAUACGAACACGGAUGGCACGAUCAAAGCCGGCGUUGCGGUAGGAAGAACAAGGGCGCAAGCGCCUCCUUCCUUCGUCUUCCUUCGUCCUUCGAUCGAGGGGCGGGUGACGCCAUGACGUCGGAACGCCCUUGCGGAAGCACGGGGGGAGGGGGGCUGCGUGCCCCGGGGCGCACGAGAAGCGUGGGAGGCGCGACGGCACGGGUCAGCGGACACUCGGACGUGGGCUCGGAGGUGCAGGUGCUGUGUUGAUAGC